UUUGCCCUCCCUACUUUGCGGCGAUUCGAGUUCCCUCAGGACGCGGGGGCCAAGAGUCGAGUCCUCAAACCAGGUCCUACACAAGUGGAGCCGCUUUCUCUAUGAGCACAUCAGGUUUAUUUCGUUUUCCUACACCACUGACCAGAAUCCGCACAGUGCCAUGGGGACUCCGGCUCUGGGAGAAGCUGACGCUGUUCUCCCUGGGAAGAGUCGUCCCUCCAGUCCAGAUGGCGGGCAAAAAGGACUGCCCUGCUCUCCUCUCCUUGGAUGAGAAGGAACUCGAAGAGCAGUUUGUGAAAGGACACGGUCCUGGGGGCCAAGCAACCAACAAAACGAGCAACUGUGUGGUGCUGAAGCACAUCCCCUCCGGCAUCGUUGUAAAGGUGGCAGGGAAGACUGCUGGGGGGAGGCCCGCCCCGCCCAAGGGUUCUGCAGCCUCAGGUAUUGCUGUCAUCCCUGAAUUUGGCAGGCAGCACUGGUGUUUGGCUGCCGCCCACGGGAAGCAGCACCUUGACACAGCCAAGCAGUCGCUGAUGAAGGCAGGUGCCUGGCAGACCUGGCUGGUCAGUGUUAGGAUGGCCGCAUCCUCCGUAUCCCUCUGUCCCCUCUUUGUAAAUGUCAAUGAUACCUACCCUUCUGAGAAGGAGGACUGA